AUGACUACAGCUGUUGAAUUUAAUAAUCAAAUUAUAAAGCAAGAUGAUAAUUGGAUAGAGUUAUUAUAUGAUCAUAUAUCGAAUGCUCAACUUUGUCAGUUGAAUAAUAAACAGAUUCUAGAUACAGAGGUAGAGAGACGAUCGGUUCAAGAUCACUUGAUGUUGACUUCGGCAUUCCUUUCGAAGCUGGCGUAUGUCAACAUCGAGAAAGAUAUCGUUAGUCUCGUUGCUUCACAUUCAUUCACGAUACCUCUGAAUGCAAUCUCCUUCUACAAACCACCACACACUCGCACGAAAAUGUUGGUGGCACUCGACCACCUCAAUAAUCUGUUUGUGGCGUUCACCGGCAGCGUUGACGUGCACGACGUCCAACUGGACGUGGCAUGCGGUCUCUUUGAGAAGCAGUACUACGACCGUGAACACCAGCUGUACGCGACGAUUGCGCGCUUCGAAUGGAUGUUCUCGGCGGUGCAGCAACUCAUGUCGAUCGCCUACCGUUGUGGAGCGCGUCGCAUUGUUUUCACGGGCCACUCGAUGGGAGCGAAUGCCGCAUCGUGGGCAGCCGUCCACGCACUCAACCUCCAACGUCAAUUCGCGCCCUCUCCACACCUGUCGACGCUGACGGUGUGUUGCUACUCGUUUGCGGCGGCCAGCUACUUCCACGCCGACACACGUAUCAUGAUCGACGCGCUCGAGAUCGAGCGACAGGAAGAGCCAAUCUUCACGACCGUUCUCAACGAGUUCGACCUCGUUCCGAUCAUGUCGCAUCACCCAUUCGUUAUGCUCGACUUUCUCUUUAUCAUACUGGCGGUGGUCACUCUUGUACAUUCACUUCUCUAUCACCGCGAACAAUCACUCGCAACGCUCACCCUUAUUCUUUAUGGACUAUUAUCACCAAAUGUACAUCUUUAUGAUGCUAAAUUAAAUAGAUAUAUACCCGUAGAGACAUUGGCGGUGGAAUCAAGAUAUAAAUCAUUUAUUCAUCACCUCAGUAAAUUAUAUAAUUUUAGAUCACUCUUUAAUCAAGAUCAUUCUUGUGAGUUGUACUAUCAAAGAGUAAAAUCACAGAUACUAAGUGUUCAACAUAUUCAACAAUUGAAUGCUGGUCUAAAUAUUAUUAAUAAUAAUAAUAACAAUAGUAAUAAUAGUAAUAGUAAUAAUAUAACCAAUAGUAAUAAUAGUAAUAGCGGUGAUAUUAAUAAUAAUACAAUCAUAAAUAUAAAUAAUAAUGAAAUUGGUCAACAACAAUCGAGUAUGUUAGUACAACAACAACAACAACAACAACAACAACAACAACAACAACAACAACAACAACAACAACCAGAAAUACCAAUGACAACACAACAUAUACAAUACUUAACACAUCCAUCCAACUUUAUUCAUGACAUUAUUGAAGAUGAGAGAAUCACAAUAUUGAAACAGAGAAUCAUAUACAAAGGAAUGGGAAUUCUUGCUCUAAUUCAUUUAUUUUGGAUCAUUAUAUAUAUUAUAAUUGUAUCACUUUAA